CUGCACCAGCCAAUCACGUGUAGGACAAGAAGAAAUGGGCACAGCAUUUCCCUACUAACAACCAUGUGGAAUUAAUCUCUUUUGGUACACAAUGGCACAAGGAUACAACAACGACACUCAUUUAUCAGCCUGUCGUCUUCUGGAAUGUCCUAUUUGCCUGGAGCAGAUGCAACAACCAAAGUCCCUUCCAUGUCUGCAUUCCUUCUGUACGAAAUGUCUUGGUACCUACAUUGUCACCGACUUGUCGGGUGAGAUGGAAGACGUAACAUCUUUCCCCUGUCCUGUGUGUAGAAGGAUGACAUCGCCUGUCAAUCACAAGGAGGACAAGAAAAAAUGGGCACAACGUUUCCCUACUAACAACCAUGUUACUAGUUUGAUAAAUCUUAUAAAGGAAAAAGAUACUCGGCUUGUUUGUGGACCCUGCAAAGCGACCAAAAAUGAGGAAAAUAAAGCUCAGUUAUAUUGCAAAACCACCGACAUGCUGUUCUGUGAGCCCUGUAAGAUAACUUUUCAUGAUGUUGUUCACAAAGGAUGUGAUAUAACAAAUAUCACACAAACACCUCAGGCACAGCUUUGGAAGCAGGUUUCGACCAUGGUAUGUCGAAUACACAGCGAUGAGAAAAUGGACUGUUUUUGUGAAGAUCAUAUGUUCAUCGGAUGUAACAAAUGUAUUAUCACAGAACACCGACUCUGUGACGCAGUAACAACGACCAAAGAAUAUUUUGAAAAACAAAAAGGUAACUCUCAGCUAAAUGACAUGGAAAAGUUCCUCGAUACGGCGUCAAACUCUAUGGAACUGAUGGUAAAAGCUUUCGACGAUCAGGUGGAAACCAUUCAGCGAUGCCAGGAUGUUGGUUUAGACAGUAUAAUUAAUCUUCGGCAAAACAUCAAGACUCACCUCGACAAAAAACAGGAGGAGAUAACUCAAAAACUUAACUCAACAUACAAAACAGAGAAAGAGAAGGUUGACUUGUCCAAGCAGAAAUUUAAUCGGUUGAAUGCCUCUAUGCAGGACACAAAAAAAGCGCUGAGGCUGGCGGUACUGCGUGAGGACUACGUGGACACCAUAGAACUGUUAUGUAGAGGGCAGACCGAGACUAGGGCGUGUAACGAUCUGUUGGGAGACUUUAGUAGAUCAUUCCCGUCUGUGAGCAUCAAACAUGAGAUUGACGAAGACCUCCAAACACUAGACGACUCCUCUGUUCUCAGCUUGGGUAGAGUCGUCGUCGAAAGAGCAGAACAAAAAUUACCAGAAGGUGUUGAAUUCCUAAAGGUUUUCUCAAAAUGUCAAGCAAAAAGAAUAAGAACAGUCCAUAUGGCUGUUUCUACAUUCAACGCGGCUCGUCGUCGAGGACAGGUUGUAAGUCGUAGUCGUUGGGGAGUCCCUCAGAAAAGUAUUAUUUUGAUGCCCGACGAUCGUAUUAUCGUAAGUGAUAAUGAGCAGGAAAAUCUUAAGCUUUUCUCAAAAGAUGGAGAAACUUUGGGUCACCUUAAUGUAGGAGGAGGUCUACAGGACAUUUGUCGUGUUGAUAGAGACACCAUAGCUGUCGCUGUAUCCCAGGUCAACACCGGAAUAUACGUCGUGAAGAUACAUGAUUCCAAAUUGUCUUCAUUAUCAAUAAUACCACUCCCUCGGCACAACAGCUCUUGCUUUGGUAUAGCGUUCACGGCUGGAAAGUUCGCAGUGAGCACACCACGUGACAUUUACUGUGUGACUAAAGAAGGCGAGACCAACAAAAUUCAUUCACUGGAAUAUGAUUGCCAUCAUAUGACAUGUGAUAUACAUCCAAAUCAAAUAGUUGCCAGCUUCCUAACAUCCGUAAGUGAUCAUGCUGUGGUUGCCAGACUGUCCGAGGGAUCACAAGAAAAUAUACUGAAUGUCGGAAUGGUCCGAAGUGCGAUGGGAGUGGAUGUAGACCGUGAGGGCAAUGUAUAUGUAUGUGGUCAAGCUUCAAACAACGUGGUCCAGAUUCCUGCAGAUGGGUCAAAGGCCAGAGAACUUCUGACGUCAGCAGAUGGUAUAGAGAUGCCCACGGCUAUAUCGGUGUGUGAAGACAAAUUUGCAGUGACUUAUCAAUCAGCACAACACAAGAAUGAAAUUCACGUGUACCAGCUGUGUUGA